AAAAAAAAGAAAAAAAAAUCCCAUGCACACAUGCACUAUGGAGAUGAUGCUACCUCACAUUCACACUUAUUAUUAAAGCACAAACCCUAACACGCACACACUCUCACCCAAUUCUCUUAUAAAAGAACCACUUUUUCACACAGCAGGUCUCUAUUAUUCCCUACUAUAUGGCUUCUCUAUAUUCCUUCUUAUGCUGCCACCAUUUCCUGCUCCUCGCCGUCGCCGUGCUGUUUACAACGAACGUCGUCGUCGCCCAUGACACGACCCACCUGAACUUCUACAUGCACGACAUCCUCGGCGGGCCGAACCCGACCGCCGUCGCGAUCGUCAAGGGCCCCGUCGCGCUGCCUUCCGUCCCCGGCGCCAACUUCGGCGACCUCAUCGCGAUCGACGACGCCUUGACCGAGGGCCCCGAGCUCUCGUCGAGGCCCGUCGGCCGGGCCCAGGGGUUCUACAUGUCAACUGCAUUUCAGGAGGGGUCGUUGCUCUUGUCCGUCAACUUCGUGCUGGCCCACGACGGGCCGUAUAACGGCAGCGUGGUGUCCGUUCAGGGGCGCGACCCGUUCGCAGCGCCCGUCAGGGAGUUGUCGGUUGUGGGCGGAACCGGGCAUUUUCGGAUGGCCCGUGGGUACGUGCUCUGGAAGACAUACGGCUUCAACACCGCCAACAGCGGUGCAAUUCUGGAGCUCGAUGUCUACGUCACGACAAAGUGAAUUUGUCGUCCCUCCCAUCUUGAUUUUCGAAUCUUAAUCACCGUCUUUCUUUUUUUAUUUUAGUUUUUUUUUUUUGGGAAAACUUCAA